AGUUACACUGCUGCUGACUGUAACUGGUUCUGAAGCCCACAGACAGACAGGACAGGGCUUCUUUGGAAAUGGACACUGAUGGACAUAAGCAAAGGGUUUUCAUGGAGCCGGCCAGCUGAAGGCAGUCAUAUAGGAUCCUACCUUACUGGAACCUUCUUAAGAAUUAUAAGGACGGUUCAGAGGCACCUCUGGAUUGGAGAGGUUUAUUCCUUCACAGAGAACUGAGCAUGAGGGACACAGACAGGGAGAUAGUGUGUAUAUGACUGAGGUGUUUUUGUCGAGUGUGAGGAGAAGUGACAGUGUUUAUAACUGUGAUCUGGCAAAGGUACUUUAGAUUGUCUGUUGAGUGUGUGCAUGCGCUGUUAGUGUGUGUGUGUGUUAGUCUGUGUGUGUGUGUAUACUAUAUGUGCAUGUCCCACACACGCUACAGGGCUUAGGAGUUUUUCACACAGCUUGAUGUUUCAUUGAAUGGGAUAUCCUCCUAGGUGUCUCCUCCUACAGUCCCCCCGUCACCCCUUCUUUGCUGGGUUUCUGUGGGAUAUGACCAGGAGACCAGGAGGACCACAGCACCAACCAGAAACCAGGGACCUUGCUCACAGAAUACACCAAGGUCAUUUAUACUACCUCUGUGGAGAUAUGUACCGCUACCAAGCUUUCCCCCAGCCUUGAAACUCAAAUAUCUGCUGUCAUAAAAGGAUUAAACAAGAUGGUGAAACGCAAAGAAAUACAAUUGUCAUUGGUUGCACAGUAGCACCUGUAAUGUAUCUUGCUAGUGCUGGAUAUCAAAGAUCGAUGGGCAUAUUGUUUUGGGUUCCAAUUGGAUGAGCCUUUCACUAGCAAUUAUUUGUGUCUGUGAGUGUUGUCUUUUUGGCCCUUUAGACGUUUUUAAAAGGGAGAAUAAAUAAAGCAAUAAUAGCUGAAUAUGAGUGGAAGUUAAGCCACCCCCAUGGGUUCGACUGACCAAUGACAUCAACAAAAGAAAAAUAAAGGCUGAGCUUCUGUUUUGUUGACGAUGGCAUCAGACAAAAAUAUGUUUGGGUUCAGGGUUGCAAGGGUUUUCUCAGAGAACAUUGUUAUUCCACUUAGAUGUCCAGUGUGAUUGAAAGAGGCAGGGCAACUGAAGGGGAAGAUUCCGAAAACAGGAAAGCAUUUGAUGGAAUCCAGUGAUGAGUUUUCUUCACAAUGACUAAGUACCGGAAGGAGUUUGAUGUCCUGGCUGGAAGACUUCCCAGGAAAAGGCAGAAGAGAGACAACCAUGCCAAUCUUAAAGGGAAAGAGAGUCUUCUUGACAGAUUAUUUUUUACUUAGCCAAAAAGGCUGUAAGAAGUAGAGCCAUAUAUACCCAAGUAUUGUUGCACACACAUCGUUUUCUGCCUUACCUCUGCACCCUGGACCAAUAUUUACCAUGUUGCUGUAGUGGAUACCCGUGACCUAAAUUUUUUCUCCAGGAUAAUAACUUUACUCCAAGAUGCCACAGGGAUAAUGUCUUCCUCUACCACAUUGAAACCCCCCAAAGCGUUGAGUGAAUUUCGAACUUCAGAAUUAUGAGAAAGGGAAGAGGGAACUAAGCCAUCAGGCAAAGCUUUUGAGGCUUGAGGUCUGUUUUGUAGUAGCAGAACAAAGCAAGUGGCCUCCUCCCUCCCUUAACCUUUAGCUUAAAUGAAGGCUGGUCGCGCUCAGGUAGGACGGGAGACGAAAAUGAUGCACGUGAACAACUUCCCCUUCAGGAGACAUUCCUGGAUCUGCUUCGAUGUGGACAAUGGCACAUCGGCGGGUCGAAGCCCAUUGGACCCCAUGGCCAGCCCGAGCUCCGGCCUUAUCCUGCAGGCCAACUUCGUCCACAGCCAGCGGAGGGAGUCCUUCCUUUACCGCUCAGACAGCGACUACGACCUGUCGCCCAAGUCCAUGUCCCGCAACUCGUCGAUAGCCAGCGACAUGAAUAACCAUCUGCAGAGGCCAGGCCUGGUCUCGCGACGGUCUGAACCCGUCAUUAGUGGAAAUCAUGGGGAUGACCUGAUAGUCACACCAUUUGCACAGGUCCUGGCUAGUUUGAGAACAGUACGGAAUAACUUUGCUGCACUAACCAACUUGCAACAAGACAGAGCCUCAAACAAGCGAUCACCCAUGUGUAACCAGCCUCCCAUUGCCAAGUUCUCUUUCUCAGAGGAGGCCUACCAGAAGCUGGCCACAGAGACCUUGGAAGAACUUGACUGGUGCCUGGACCAACUAGAAACACUGCAGACCAGACACUCAGUCAGUGAGAUGGCCUCCAACAAGUUCAAGAGGAUGUUGAACAGGGAGCUGUCUCACCUGUCUGAGAUGAGUCGCUCAGGAAACCAAGUCUCUGAGUUCAUUUCAAGCACAUUCUUAGAUAAGCAGCAUGAUGUUGAGAUGCCAUGUCCACAGACGCAGAAGGAAAAGGACAAGAAGAAGAUCAAGCCCAUGUCUCAGAUCAGUGGGGUAAAGAAGCUGCAGCACAGCACUAGUCUCACUAACUCCAACAUCCCACGCUUUGGAGUGAAGACUGACACAGAGGACUCCCUUGCCAAGGAGCUGGAGGAUGUUAACAAAUGGGGCCUUAAUGUUUUUAAAGUCACUGAGUUUUCUGGGAAUCGGCCAUUGACAGUUAUGAUGUACACAAUCUUCCAGGAAAGAGAUUUAUUAAAAACAUUUAAGAUACCAUUAGACACCUUCAUCACCUACCUGAUGACUCUAGAAGACCAUUACCAUGCAGAUAUUGCCUACCACAAUAACAUCCACGCUGCAGAUGUCACCCAGUCCACCCAUGUACUUCUGUCCUCACCUGCUCUAGAGGCUGUUUUCACAGACCUGGAGAUUUUGGCAGCCAUUUUUGCCAGUGCUAUUCACGACGUAGACCACCCAGGAGUAUCCAACCAGUUUCUAAUCAAUACCAACUCAGAGUUGGCACUAAUGUACAACGACUCAUCAGUCCUGGAGAACCAUCACCUGGCGGUGGGCUUCAAGCUGCUGCAGGAGGAGAACUGUGACAUCUUCCAGAACCUGACCAAAAAGCAACGCCAGUCCCUCAGAAAGAUGGUCAUAGACAUAAUACUAGCUACUGACAUGUCCAAGCACAUGAACCUCCUAGCAGACCUCAAAACGAUGGUGGAGACCAAAAAAGUCACCAGUUCUGGAGUGCUCUUACUAGACAACUACUCUGAUAGGAUACAGGUACUCCAAAACAUGGUGCACUGUGCAGACCUCAGCAACCCCACCAAGCCCUUACAGCUCUACCGCCAGUGGACGGACCGGAUCAUGGAGGAGUUCUUUAGCCAGGGGGACAGAGAGAGAGAGAGGGGAAUGGAGAUAAGCCCCAUGUGUGACAAACACAAUGCCUCAGUAGAAAAGAGCCAGGUGGGCUUCAUUGACUACAUUGUCCACCCCUUGUGGGAGACAUGGGCCGACCUGGUGCACCCGGAUGCCCAAGACAUCCUGGACACCUUGGAGGACAACAGGGAGUGGUACCAGAGCACUAUCCCACAGAGCCCCUCACCUGCACCAGACGACCCUGAGGACGGCAGCCGGCCCUCCGGAGGGGACAAGUUCCAGUUCGAGCUCACGCUGGAGGAGGAUGGGGAGUCAGACACAGAGAAGGACAGUGGCAGCCAGCCCGAGGAAGAAGAAGAGGAGGAGAACAGCUGCAGCGACUCCAAGACGCUCUGUACUCAGGACUCGACAGAGGUCCUGUUAGAUGAGCAAGUGGAGGAGGAGGAUGCAGUAGGGGAAGAAGGGAAGGUGGGGAUCCCCAGAGAACCUAGCAUGGCAGAGUUAGAGGAGGAGGAGGAAGAGGUGGGGGAACAGAGACUGGCUGAUACAUAGCAUUGGUAGGAAACAUGGGGUUUGUUAAACUCUUGAGACUGUCACGUAUCGAUGAUUAAAAGGGAUGAGGCAAAUGCUAAUAUUAGCUAUUAGCAAUGAUGGUGGUAUUAACGGCCUCAUUCCAAAGUGCACUUGCACUCCUCAAGCCCGUACCUCUCCACACUUAAUGCUGCCUAAUGCAAACAGGGUAGUUUACCCCACCUUACAAGACACCCCCGGAGCUACACACUAUGGCACUCAGGAAAUAUUUCCAUCAACUUUUCGCCUCAUUUUUGUUUACCUUUUUGGUGAAUUCAGGCUAUGCGAGAGAGGUGUGUGUUUUCCCACAUUUUAGGCGGGACACAUUUGAUCAAGAAGUAGUUCAAAAGGUUAACAAUUAUAUUUUUCAUUCUUACCUUAACCUCUUCUAGCCCUGCCUAAUUCCUGUCAGAACAGGAUGUAAACAGGACUUCUAGACUGGGUGUUGUUUGACUCCUGACUGACCACAGCUUGAGAAGGAACGCUUUUGACAGAACACUAGCUUCAAAGAGAGAUAGACUGAGAAAAACGGGCUGUAAUGUGAUACCAGUUCAACUAAGCUGUUUUUCCAGCUGAAGGGAGAAAAGGUGCAUCUGAAAAACCAAUGAGGGAUGUUGCGGGAGAGAAACUAAGAAAUAUACAAUGAUCAUGAGGAAUUCAAAGAUACCCUUUUUCUAAAGUUCAAGUCUUCCUUGAAACCAGACUGGUAGAAACCACAGCUGAACUGUUUCAACCCCCUCAGUUUUUGUAUUGUAUGUAAGACAAAUACUUUUUUAUUUAUUUUACUUUUAUUAACAGAGAGAGGGGGAAAACAAUAUUUGUCAUAUUGCAAUCAUUGUUAUCAUACUUUUUUAAAGAAAAUAUUAAUGUGGUCUUUCUGGGAUUGUGCGCUUGCUCUUAGUGACUUCUCACUGCUACCCUCCAUUGCUCCAUUUUUUUAAAAUUAUUUUACUAUCCAGAUAUGUAUUUGAUGACAUCUGCUUUAGGGGUUAUUCAUGUACAUUUACUCAUAUUUUACCCUCUGUGGUUAUUAAGACCAGAUAUACAAAAACACAUUUCUAACAUUAGCAUAAAACGACUUGUCUUGUAAACCAUCAAUUCAUCUAUGAAUUAAAAAAAUCUUUCAGUUAUGUAAUGUUAUACAUAACUAGAUUAAUACUGUUGCAGCUCACCCCAAAAAAUUUAAAUGGAAAAAAAGACAAAUGGAAAAUGAUCAAUGCACAAUCUUUAAUCUUUAAAAUUAGGUUUAUUUAUAUUGGUGUUUAUGAUACAAAAUAUUGGAUUUCACAAAACAAGGAACUAGGGUGAAUAGUACAUUUAUACCUUGCUAGGUAUUUAUCCAAAAUAAAAUGAGGGAUGCUUUUUUGUGUGUUUCAAAAACACCCAAAAAAACCAUCUAUUAAAGGUCCCAUGACAUGACAUUUUCACUUCAGGAGGUUAUUUAACAUUAAUAUGAGUUCCCUUAGCCUGCCUUUGGUCCCCCAGUGGCUAGAAAUUUCGAUAGGUGUAAACCAAGCCCUGGGUAUUCUUUUCCGCCUUUGAGAAAAUGAGAGCUCAAACACUCGGUUUUGAAAAUGUUCCUAUUAGGACGUCAUAAUAGGGAAGGUUAACUCCCCUUUCUGUGCUUUGCCCAGACAGAGAAUUUGGCCCACCAAUGAGAAAAUGAGCUACGACCGUGCGAGCGCGAUAUUGUUUUUUCCUCAAGAGACAUCAUAGCUCGCAAACGACAGAGGCAUGGCAGUUAGCCCCGCCUCUUUCUUCCUCAUUAGCAUUUAAAGCUACAGACACAGAAACAGCACUUCUGAGGAAAGCUCAUUGUGGGACUGCUCGUAGUGGCUGUAAUUCUGCACCAAGGCUGAAUUUCAGGAAAGAGACUUCAGAUACAGUAUUAGGGGACCACUAAGGCCUAUAUAAAAGCAUCCAAAAACAGCAUGUCAUGGGAUCUUUAAUGUGUGUCUGUUGAAUUGUGUGAUAGAAUGCCAUCAUCUGCAAACCAAUUUUUUUAUAACCAGAGCUUAACAACCACUUUUUUUCUAAUCUGUGGUAUUUUAAUGCCAUACAUUUAAGCAAAUUGACUUUGCAAGCAAAUCAUCCUUUUAUAUUUUUUUCGCACAAAUCUCACAUUGGACAAUAAUCUAUAUAGAUUUGGAAGUGGCUACUUCAUUAAUGAAAGCUGUGUUACAUAAAAUACAUGCUUUGCAUUCAAAUGCUAAGCAUACCUUUGCCCUAAGGAUUCACAGAGUACAUAAAUGUAUAUACUCCAUAGUCAUUGUUAAGAAAGUACUGUAGCAGGAUUUGUAGCAAAGCCUGUACAAAGUACAUUGUGCACACCCAAUACAUUGUGCUUUAUGUUCCAUUAUUCCAUUUCAAUAUAAUGUUUUUUGCGGGAUAAUAUGUCGCUUUAACCCUAUUGCUCUCCUUUUAUGCCAAAACCUUUUUCUUCUUCUUUGCUUAACUUGCACAAUGCACCACACACCCUUUUGUCAAGUGGCUUUUUCUUUUUCAAAAAGUUUUAUUAGGUGUUAUUUAUAAAAUAAUUAACACUUCCACUAUGAAUCAUCUGUAUACAGAAAUGCAUUACAGAAGAAAUCGUGUGCACUUACAUUUGCUGUAAUGGGAAGUAAUGCACUGUCAGCAAGUGUUCAAGUGCAUUAUGGGUGUGUCUCAAUAUAAAUGCAUUAUACAUUCACUGGUUCAUAGUAGACAGUGUUACAUGGAUACAUUAUUUAUGUUACUGUUAUGCCAUCCUAUGUCAAGACAGCACUGUGUAGAACACACGUAGCUAGCAACAUUUGGUGGACCACCUAUUUAGAGCUCCCGAUCAGUUUUGUUGGUAGGAUAUGUACUUAUAACACUAUCAUCUUUCAGACAUUAAGGAUUAAUGACUUGUGUCCAGAGAGUUGAUCCUGGCUUUACAAUUGAAUUUAGACGUAAUAGUCUUAAAUAUAAUGUUAGUUUUUAUUAUUAACGUUUGCGUGCCAUGUUUUUUGUUUCUUUUCCUCACCGGACAACCUUACCUGUUAAUGGACUUUUCUUGUUUGUCUCUGUUUACAGACCGUAUAUAUAUUUAUUAAGCUGUACAUAAUUUUCUUACUCUAUCAUCCCUAAUGGCGAUGGUGUUGCUGUAUUUGGAAAAACUCUUGUUGAGAGAAUGUUUAUUAUUAUACAUACUUAUCCCAUCUGCUGUUCAAAGUGAUAACAUGGAUACAAUGGAUACAACGACGAACAUGUCAUUCGUGGGGGUAAGAAGGGAGGGAGACAAACUAAACAAGAUGUGACACACCACUUGUAUUUGGCCUCAGGGCUGUGCCUUAAACAAUGUCCUUAUUUAUUAGUGUGCGCUUGUGCGUGAGUGCAUUUGUGUAUCUCUGUGUGUGUGUGCGUGCACACGUGUGCACAGAUGUUUUUCCUCUUUAGUCUGCUUUAGAUACAUGUUCAGGGCAUUUGAACUUUUCCUCAGUGGUAAGAUAUACUGUAAUAAGUGCUAUUGCUAAGUGUAACUCUUUGUUGAACAACAGCUGCAGUAACUGGAUGGGAUAUAGGUCUUAUACAGUACAUCAAAGCAGUUCAAAGGCCCACACUUCGCUGGAUCCUCAUAGUAUGCAAAACAGCAAAUGUUUCAGUUCAAAAGGGUUGCCUGUCCAUGUGCUCAUAAACUUUGAUGGUCCAGAAAGAAACCUCGGUAAAUACAAUUUAUGGAAAGUCGCAAUGCACAAUGCAAUGGAAAGUCUACAACUUUUUCAACCUUACAGCCUUAAACACAAAAUAUGAAAUAUUAUAAAUAUUGUUUCUCACUUGUCUACACACUUGUAUUGGUUUUGAAAACCUGUUUUACACAUUUUGUUAAAAUGUUUUUAAUUUCAAACACAGAAAUAGAUCAUUUGCAAAAGUAUAAACACCCAAGUACAUUUUAAGAAAAGUUGUCAUGUCAUUACUCUUUCAAGCACUGAUUUUGAUUGACAUCACCCAGCUCUUGGUAUGUAAUUUUACCCUUCCAACCUGAUACUACUGGAUCACAGAUUUCAGGUAAGAGAUGUUUCUCCAGGUAGGUUACCAAGUAUGGCUUCUAUUGUAUGUCAUACUCAGGGGUGUUAUAUCUAAUUUGAUUACAAAAAUAAUUUCUCGAAAACUAAUGCAGUAAGGUUAAAAAGGGGAUAUUUUCUAACAGUAGCCUUUCUGUAGGCAUUGUUUUUGGCAUAACACCCUGGGUAUACCUACAGUAAAAGUCAUUUAUUGACUGGAUUAGAUCUAUUCAGAGUACCGUGCCCUUUUCUAUGAAUUAUCUAUGCAUUCUAUUUCUAUCUGAAUGACUAAUUAUAAUGAAUCCCUAGUUUGGCCCAGGUCAAGUGUAGGCUGGCCUGCAACAUGUCCUGUCCAGUCACAAAGUGGGUAGUUAGUGUGUAGAAUCUUUAAAUGGGUUGUCGCCUCUCAAACGCACAUACUGUAGCCCUAGACCAAACCUGAUGGUAGCUCUAUUAUAAUUAUGAUUAUUAUUGAGAUAAAAACACUUGAAAUGUUAUUUAACUUCUUUAGGCUUUGGCCAACAAUCUCUGAGGAAUUAUUUUUCACGGAUCCCUCAUCUCCAAAUGUCACUUGGUAUGGAACUGUAGAUUAUGCUCACUUUCUUAUGCAACAGAUGAAAUAAAAGCAUGGGUUGAUUCUUCCUACACCUUAAACCUGUUUGUGGUUUUAU